AACCCAGGUUCUUCUGCCUAUUCUGUGUUUACACUGCCUGAUUUCUCCCUCCACUUUGUAGUACUCUAGCAUCCUGCAGGACUGCCUGUAUUGUUGGGCAGAGUGAUUGGGGUUUCUGUACAAUCUCCCGUGACCAAUGAGCGGGGUGCUGUCAGGGGUAACCACAUCUGUCAACCGUUCUUGGCCAAUAAAGAGCGGAGCGAGGCGGACCACAGGUGCGCGCCUCUGCGUCCCCUUGGCACAGCGCCCGGGAGAUGCUGGAGAGAGACGCCUAGCUGCCCCGUGGGGCAAAAGAGUUACUGUCAAAGGCAGCCUCCUUUUAACUCCAGCUAUCACUCUGGCUCCGAUAGUUAUGGCGACCGCAACGUCCAACCACUACAGCGUCCUCAGUACCCCCAGCAGCGCGCCGCCGCCGCACUCGGAGUCCGGGAGCAUGCAGCAGGCGGCAGCGUACAGGGACGCGCACACCCUGCUCCAGAACGACUAUAGCACGUUACCGGGCGCUGGGCAUCCGCUCAGCCACGCGCACCAGUGGAUAACGGCGCUGUCUCACGGUGACAGCGGGGCACCCUGGCCGUCUAGUCCCCUCGGAGAACAGGACGUGAAACCCGUAUUGCAUGACAGUGACCGAGAGGAGCUGCAGAACUCCAGCAGUCUGCAGCAGCAGCAGCAGCAGCAACAGCAGCAGCAGCAACAGCGACACCCUCACCUAGCGCACCAGCAGGCGCAUCACGACGCCAGAGCAUGGCGAACCAGCACAGCCACAACGCACAUCUCCGGUAUGGCGACAUCUGAGGGCCAGAGCCUGGUGUACUCUCAGUCCGGCUUCGGUCUGAUGCCGGGGGGAGAGCAAGGGGGGAUGCACCACCACCCUCUGCGCGAAGAGGACCACCACAGCCACAGUCCGCACCUCAGUGAACACGGAGGCGGCCCCGGGGCCCACCAGCAGUCUCUCACACACCAUCACCAGCACGGGGGCCAUCAGGAUCAGUCUGACGAGGACACGCCGACCUCUGAUGAGUUGGAGCAGUUUGCCAAGCAGUUCAAACAGCGGCGAAUCAAGCUUGGCUUCACCCAGGCGGACGUGGGACUGGCUCUCGGGACACUGUACGGGAACGUUUUUUCUCAGACGACCAUUUGCAGGUUCGAGGCGCUUCAGCUCAGCUUCAAAAACAUGUGCAAACUAAAACCGUUGUUGAACAAGUGGCUGGAGGAGGCGGACUCCACCUCGGGGAGCCCCACCAGCUUGGAUAAAAUCGCGGCACAGGGACGGAAAAGGAAAAAGAGAACCUCCAUUGAGGUGGGCGUCAAAGGGGCUCUGGAGAGCCAUUUUCUCAAAUGUCCAAAACCGGGAGCAGCGGAGAUCAACUCCCUAGCGGACAGCCUGCAGCUGGAGAAGGAGGUGGUGAGGGUUUGGUUUUGUAACCGGCGGCAAAAGGAGAAGAGGAUGACGCCCGCUGGGGGACAGAUACCUGGAGGAGAGGACAUGUACGGGGACACCCCUCCUCGCCACGGAGGACAAACUCCCGUGCAGUGACCUCAGUUCUCAAUCCCGAGUAAAAACACGGACCCCUUAAAGGAGGUAUAACGCCUCCUUAUUUCUUUUAUUCUCUGUGCUGGACCGCUCGGAACUGGACCUCAGCCAGUUUAGAUGUUGGACCCACGGACAGACACAGUGGGGACACGCAGUGGCACGCGAGCGCUAAAAAUACUCAUAGCAGAGCCGUAUGGAGAGGUUUCAUGCCGCAGAACUGCCAAACGUAUCGGGGUGGUGUGUGCUAACCAGAAAAAAAAAGAAUAAGAAAAAAACAGCGACAUUUUCUUUAUGCCAGACCCAGGCGCCAGUGUGCCAUCAUCAAAUAUGUUAUUUAAAAAAAUAGAAGAAGAA